AUGAAGUUGACGUGCUCUCGGUUGUGGUUAGAGGAGUUGUCGUUGACGUGCUUCCUCGUUGUUGUGGUUAGAGGAGUUGUCGUUGACGUGCUCUCGGUUGUGGUCAGAGGAGUUGUCGUUGACGAGCUCGCGGUUGUGGUCGUUGGUGCCGUCGUUGAUGAAGUUGACGUGCUCACUGUCGUCGUUAGGGGAGUUGUCGUUGACGUGCUUCCUGUCGUAGUUGAUGAAGUUGACGUGCUCUCGGUUGUGGUUAGAGGAGUUGUCGUUGACGUGCUCUCGGUUGUGGUUACAGGAGUUGUCGUUGACGUGCUCUCGGUUGUGGUCAGAGGAGUUGUCGUUGACGUGCUCUCGGUUGUGGUCAGAGGAGUUGUCGUUGACGAGCUCGCGGUUGUGGUCGUUGGUGCCGUCGUUGACGUGCUUCCUGUCGUGGUUGAUGAAGUUGACGUGCUCUCGGUUGUGGUCAGAGGAGUUGUCGUUGACGUGCUCUCGGUUGUGGUCAGAGGAGUUGUCGUUGACGUGCUCUCGGUUGUGGUCAGAGGAGUUGUCGUUGACGAGCUCUCGGUUGUGGUUGACGUUGACGUGCUCUCGGUUGUGGUUAGAGGAGUUGUCGUUGACGUGCUCUCGGUUGUGGUCAGAGGAGUUGUCGUUGACGUGCUCUCGGUUGUGGUCAGAGGAGUUGUCGUUGACGAGCUCGCGGUUGUGGUCGUUGUUGACGUGCUCUCGGUUGUGGUUAGAGGAGUUGUCGUUGACGUGCUCUCGGUUGUGGUUACAGGAGUUGUCGUUGACGUGCUCUCGGUUGUGGUCAGAGGAGUUGUCGUUGACGUGCUCUCGGUUGUGGUCGUUGGUGCCGUCGUUGACGUGUUCUGUCUGGUUGAUGAAGUUGACGUGCUCUCGGUUGUCGUUGACUGCUCGGUUGUGGUUAGAGGAGUUGUCGUUGACGUGCUCUCGGUUGUGGUCAUAGGAGUUGUCGUUGAUGAGUUGCGUGCUCUCGAGGAGUUGUCGUUGACGUGCUCGUUGUGUUGUGUUGUGGUCAGAGGAGUUGUCGUUGACGAGCUCGCGGUUGUGGUCGUUGGUGCCGUCGUUGAUGAAGUUGACGUGCUCACUGUCGUCGUUAGAGGAGUUGUCGUUGACGUGCUUCCUGUCGUGGUUGAUGAAGUUGACGUGCUCUCGGUUGUGGUUAGAGGAGUUGUCGUUGACGUGCUCUCGGUUGUGGUUAGAGGAGUUGUCGUUGACGUGCUCUCGGUUGUGGUCAGAGGAGUUGUCGUUGACGAGCUCGCGGUUGUGGUCGUUGGUGCCGUCGUUGAUGAAGUUGACGUGCUCACUGUCGUCGUUAGGGGAGUUGUCGUUGACGUGCUUCCUGUCGUAGUUGAUGAAGUUGACGUGCUCUCGGUUGUGGUUAGAGGAGUUGUCGUUGACGUGCUCUCGGUUGUGGUUAGAGGAGUUGUCGUUGACGUGCUCUCGGUUGUGGUCAGAGGAGUUGUCGUUGACGAGCUCGCGGUUGUGGUCGUUGGUGCCGUCGUUGAUGAAGUUGACGUGCUCACUGUCGUCGUUAGGGGAGUUGUCGUUGACGUGCUUCCUGUCGUAGUUGAUGAAGUUGACGUGCUCUCGGUUGUGGUUACAGGAGUUGUCGUUGACGUGCUCUCGGUUGUGGUUACAGGAGUUGUCGUUGACGUGCUCUCGCUUGUGGUCAGAGGAGUUGUCGUUGACGUGCUCUCGGUUGUGGUCAGAGGAGUUGUCGUUGACGAGCUCGCGGUUGUGGUCGUUGGUGCCGUCGUUGGUGAAGUUGACGUGCCCACUGUCGUCGUUAGAGGAGUUGUCGUUGACGUGCUUCCUGUCGUGGUUGAUGAAGUUGAAGUGCUUUCGGUUGUGGUCAGAGGAGUUGUCGUUGACGAGCUCGCGGUUGUGGUCGUUGGUGCCGUCGUUGAUGAAGUUGACGUGCUCACUGUCGUCGUUAGAGGAGUUGUCGUUGACGUGCUUCCUGUCGUGGUUGAUGAAGUUGACGUGCUCUCGGUUGUGGUUAGAGGAGUUGUCGUUGACGUGCUCUCGGUUGUGGUUACAGGAGUUGUCGUUGACGUGCUCUCGGUUGUGGUUACAGGAGUUGUCGUUGACGUGCUCUCGCUUGUGGUCAGAGGAGUUGUCGUUGACGUGCUCUCGGUUGUGGUCAGAGGAGUUGUCGUUGACGAGCUCGCGGUUGUGGUCGGUGGUGCCGUCGUUGACGUUCCUCCUGUUGUCGUUGUUGUUGUGGUUGCUGUGGAGCUCGAUGUUGUGGAUGUCGUUGUUGUUGAUGUGCUUGUGCUCGAACUAGAUGUUGAGGUCGUCGGUGUUGAUGUCUUUGUUGGUUUUGGAGUUCCUGUCGACGGUCUUUUUGUUGAUGUUUUGGUGGUUUCGCCUAUUUCUUUUUUGCAUCUUAUCUUUCGUACUCUUCUUCCUGUUUUUGUGUACCAGUGA